AUGAUUGAAGAAUUCAAGCAAGAGAUGAUGAAGUCUUUUAAAAUGAGUGAUUUGGGUUUAAUGCAUUACUUUCUUGGUAUAGAAGUAUGUCAAGAUAAUGGCAUUUUUAUUUCUCAAAAGAAGUACGCUGAAGAUUUGCUUAAGAAGUUCAAUAUGUCUGAUUGCAAAUCAGUGACAACUCCUUUAAUUGCAAAUGAGAAAUUCAAGAAAGAAGAUGGGGGAAAAUUGGCAGAUGGUGCUGCCUAUAGAAGUUUGAUUGGAAGUUUGUUGUACCUCAUUUCUACACGACCUGAUCUCAUGUUUGCUACAAGCAUGUUGUCUAGGUUUAUGCAAAAUCCCAAUCAAGUCCAUUUUGGUGCUGCAAAAAGGGUGCUGACAUAUGUUCAAGUCACUUUGAAGUUUGGCAUUUUGUUUAAGCCGUGUUCUUAUUCAAAAUUAAUUGGAUAUACAGACAGUGAUUGGGCUGUUUCAAUUGAUGAUAUGAAGAGCACUUCAAGAUAUUGUUUCAAUAUGGAAUCAGGUGUUUUCUCAUGGGGCUCGAAGAAACAAGGAUUUGUGGCUCAAUCUACAGCAGAAGCAGAGUAUGUUGCUGCUGCCAAUGCUGUAAAUCAAGCUAUAUGGCUGACUAGAAUACUUGAAGAUAUGGGAGCAAAGCAACAACUUCCAGUUGAGAUUUUCUGUGAUAAUAAGUCAGUAAUUGCAAUGGCCAAGAAUCCAAUUUAUCAUAGUUGA